AUGGAAUCGUUCAAACACGAGCCUCUCGACCUGGACGGGCCAGCCUUUCGCCUCGUCCGUCUUUGCCAUGGACAUGGACCACGUAUCGACUGUGAGCUCUUCCAAGCGUGGCUCUACCCAGAGCAAAGUCCUAUUUCAUACGAAGCUCUUUCUUAUACGUGGGGUUCCACCGAAAUUGUGAGGACCGUACGAAUGAACGGAAAAAGACAUGGUAUUACGCACAACCUAUACAAUGCCCUCCAGUAUCUUCGCUUCCGCGAUGAGGACCGGAUCCUUUGGGUGGAUGGGAUUUGUAUAGACCAGACGAAUGAUAAAGAGCGUGGGCAUCAGGUUCGUCACAUGGGGGAUAUAUACAAACAGGCCGAAAGAGUUAUAUUUUGGCUCGGCGAGCCAACAGACGCGACGGAUGUGAUUCUAAAUUCUCUAAGACAGCUCCAGAAGAAAGGUACCGAGCAUGCAUCCAAGACGUGGGAACUCUCGGACUGGCGCUGGGUCGAACUCUGGUCAGCCGUACAGUCGGGUCUGCAGGCCAGAUAUCCCGACCUCCAAUUGCAACAGCGCCAGGGCUUUAUGCAGCUGCUGAGCAGACCUUGGUUUAAGAGGGUUUGGAUCCUGCAAGAAGUGGCCAAUGCAAGAGCUGGCCUAGUGUGCUGCGGAGAAGCAUCUGUCUCGGCUCAUAUCUUUCCUCUCGCUCCUCUCUUACUAGAGAUGUGCCCGCGUGCACACUGUCAAGCGGUCCUGGAUAUAAUGCCUGGACCAUCCCGGAGUGGCACAUGGUGGAACAUGAACCGGGAUCUUUAUACCCUCCUAAUCAAAUUUUGUGAGAGCCAAGCAGGCCUUCCUUGCGAUAAGAUAUAUGCCUUGCUUGGAUUAUCCUCGGAUGCGCAGGACACGGAUAUGAUAAGACCUGAUUAUGAGAAGAGCGAACAUGACCUCAUCCGGGAUGUCGUUCGCUUUCUAUUUGAUGACCACAUAUAUUGUACCCAGAAAUCGUACUUUCCAACGUUGCGGAAGCUAGUAAACAAUCUGGGAUUACUGAACAAACUUUUCCUACAGCACCACAUGUCGUCAUCAAAUCUAGAAGAAUUGGAGAAUAUACUCGAAAGGCGCUACUUUGGGAUUGAGAAAACAGACAUUGUCCCCGCUGUACGCGCAAGCAUAACGGCCAUGGGCGACUUUCAUCAAGGCAUUCCUAGAACAAGUGACGGGGUAGCCAUGGAUGCAACAGAGAUUUGGGACCACCUGAAGAACUUACUGCUCCUUCUUCAGCCCCGGGGAUAUAACAUUGAAGGGGUACAGGAAUUACUCUUAAGAACAUUAUCAAGGAACUACGAUAGACCACAUAUUUUGAAUACCCUUCUUCAACGACGAGCCAGUGAAAUCACAAUCGCACACACAGUGUCGCUUGCCAUGUCACAAAGACAAUCCUACCCUUCCCGAGCCGGUCGCAUUCUAUUUCAGCAACAGAUAAAUGAAAAUUGGAUCACACAUGACGCGCUCGUCGCAGCAGCAUCGAACAUUCACUAUGGCCUGGAACUCAUGAAGCUUCUCAUUAAGCACCGGGGCAAUGAGAUACGGGUCACCGAGGUAGUGCUUAUCGCAGCAGUCUCGAAUAAAUGCUAUGCGUUGGACCUCGUACAGCUUCUCCUGCAACAGGGCAACAAAGUGCAAAUCACAGAUGCAGUGCUGAGAAAGGCAAGACAGAAUGUGCUCGCACAACAACCAAGAGCUGCCAUGGUAAUGAAGCUUCUUCUUGAACAGCAUGACAACCAGAUUACGUAA